UCGGAGUACGCAGAGCAAUAGCCGCGACAUGGCUCCGCGAAGGUGCGCCGUGCUUGCUCUCAGCCUGGUCGCAUUGACUGCUGGUGUCUUUUCCGUGGUAGGCUCCUGCUUUGCUGGAGCCUUGUCACCCCGCCGGUCUCCAGCGUGCCAUGUGAGGAUGGCGGGGCCGGAGGGCACAAAGACCUACGAGCUGUGGGUGGACUUUCGGGCUCAGCGGCUCAAGAAGCCGCAGAGGACCUUGCAGGUCAGCUGCGGCAAGGUGUCGUUGUCACCUGCGGAUGGAGCCGCAUCGUCAUUGCAGGCCCCGCAGGUUAAGGAAGGUUUACUGCAAUUGGCCAGAGGCUUGCGUGAGAAGUUCACCAAAAUCGGCGUGGAGAUGCCAAAGGGAAAGCUGGUGAAUGGGGUCAUCGUGGACAAGAAGUUCGCAAAGGAGGUCCUUGAGGAUUUGCGGGACCUGCAAACGCCAGUGUACACAGCUCGUAAGGAGGUGGAUGGAGAGACGAUGCAUGGCAGCGGCUUUUUCGUUUGCACGGCGGCGGACGGUAAGCCUGUCGCCUGCCUGGCCCCUAAGCAGGUGCGCUUGUCGAGCACGAUGCCCCAUGCUGAAGAAGAUGUGUAUGGCCUGGAGGAGGACUCGUCCAAGGAAGACCGGGAGAAGCAGGAGGCAGAGGAGAUGCAGCGCUACAAAGAAGGCCUGGACGAUCCAAGCAAGUACGUGCUGCCACCGCGAAAGCGCAUGCGGGAGCUCUUUGGCCUUCCGCCAGAGCCGCGCAAGCCGAACAAAGACCGGCUGUUGGCGAAGACGCUGCCGCCGGAUGCUUUGCUCUGGGGACGAGCCUUGAUGGACCGCCAGCGGACAGGACCCGUGGGCUACAAUCUGGUGAUUGAUCGGGACGCCAAGGCGACGCCCAUCUCCAGGCGUUCAUGAGCACCUGGACGAAUUCGGUUGCCUGAUUCACCUCGAGUUCGGCCAAAAAGUUGAAGCGUUUGGUAGGGGCUGGGCGCAAGCAGGCACGAGCCACGAGCAGUUCAGUUCAAUCUUUCGGCUGCACCAUCUUUGGAAGAUGGUGUGCCCGCCCAAAGCUGGCCUUCCGACCCUCGAGCGCCGGCUGGGCAUGGACGACGCCAGAGAGACAGGUAAGAAGGGUGUCGCCCAGUGGCCCAGCAAAGCACAUGGGGCUUUUUAACUUUUUUUUGCAUGACGGAUUUUCCCAGGUCCUGGGGCAGUUGACGCCACGAGUGGCCUUGCUGUUCGAAGGUCGCA